AUGACACCUGACAAUACACCGCCUCCAAAAUUACUUGACCAAGUGCGGGACAAGUUGCGCCUGAAGCACUAUUCUAUACGAACAGAAAGACAAUAUCUGCAAUGGGUCAAGCGUUUUAUUUUGUUUCACAACAAAGAGCAUCCGCUGCAGAUGGGUGCGGUGCAGGUGGAGCUUUUUUUAACGCAUUUGGCGGUGGAUGGCAAGGUGGCGGCAUCGACACAGAAUCAGGCUUUGUCGGCGAUUUUGUUUCUGUAUCGCGAUGUACUUGCGGUGGAUUUGCCUUGGCUCAAUGAUGUGGUGCGCGCUAAAACGCCGCAACGUUUGCCGGUGGUGUUGACGCAACAAGAGGUGGCGGCUGUGCUUGGGCGCAUGGAUGGUGUUUAUGGCUUGAUGGCGCAGCUGCUCUACGGCACGGGGAUGCGCUUGAUGGAGUGUGUGCGGCUGCGGGUGAAGGAUGUCGAUUUUGACCGUGCGGAGGUGGUGAUUCGUGAUGGCAAGGGCGGCAAAGAUCGCGUGACGAUGUUGCCACAAAAAUCAAUCACGUUGCUGCAAGCGUAUUUUGAAAAACGCAGACUUUUGUAUGAAGACGAUUUAGCCAAGGGUUUGGCCAGUGUGUAUUUGCCUGAUGCUUUGGAGCGUAAAUACACCCAGGCGGCCACAAGUUGGGCUUGGCAGUAUAUUUUUGUGGCAGGCAGUUAUUCGACCGAUCCGCGCAGCGGCGUGGUGCGACGCCAUCAUUUGGAUGAAAAGCUGCUGCAACGUGCGAUGAAAAAGGCGGUGCUGGCCGCUGGUAUUACCAAACCCGCUACGCCGCAUACGUUGCGUCACAGUUUUGCCACGCAUUUGCUGCAGGCUGGUUAUGACAUUCGCACGGUGCAAGAGCUAUUGGGUCAUGCCGAUGUGGCCACGACGAUGAUUUAUACGCACGUGCUCAACAAAGGGGGCAAAGGUGUGCAAAGUCCGCUGGAUGCGCUGUAA